CCGACUGCAACCACCGAAAGGAUUAUGCAACUAUCACGUCAGUUAAAUGGGAUUUUGGAAUCGUCAGAACAACUGGUUACCACCUUUGGAUCAUCUCUGUCCACAACCGUACAAUCUACGUCGCUCUUCUCCUCGUCCACAUCCGUUCCUUUUGGUGUUCCACAGUCCUACACGGCCAGCGUUAAUAGCACCAAUUUGGAAACAUUUGAUGGUCCCACCCCGGGUGGCCGUUCCAGUCCACUGACUGGUCAGAGCAGUCCCGGUUCUAGUACCAUCGCUCAACAGGACACAUUCACCAAUCAGACUCCGCUAUUCAAACGAUCAGUGACACCGAAUUCCACUCAUAGCGCAACAUAUGCAUCAUCUUAUGUUCGUGAGCUGGAGAUUCUGAUGGAAUCACCUUUCGGACAAUAA